AUGUCGGGGUUGCACAGCUUUGCUUUCAGUUAUGAGGCCGUGCGCGACCUCUUGGUACCGCCCGGGCUGACCCCGUACAUUGCUUCAACACCCGCCUCCACGUCUACACUGGCACCAGCCACGGCUGUGAGCUCCCCAACCGUGUCCUUCACCAAGGGUGAGCUCCCCAAGGCGUUGGCGGCCACCAAGGGUGUCACCGACCCCUAUGGUUGGUCUGGUGAGCUUCUUGCCUCCAUCUACCGCAUCAAGGAGCACUUCAGUCAAGUCUUGGGCCCACGCCAGGGUUCUACCAGCGACCCGACUGCUCCUUCUGAUGGAGACGCGCCUCAGGGCCCCACCACCGCCACUGGAGGUCCUCAGGUUGCCUUGAACAAGAUCUUUCACCACAUUGCCAACAACACCGUGCCCGAGUCGAUUCGACAUGCCCUUUGCUCCAUCAACUACACUAUCCUGGAGAAAGCCAAUGGCAAGUUUCGACCCGUGGGCACGGAUUCCAUCUUCAACAAGGUUGUCAACCGCGCUCUGCUGGAGCAACAGCAGCCCCAUAUUGCCCACUUGCUACAGGCCAGUCCAGAGCUGGCCGUCGGAGUCAAGGACGGCAUUUCAGCAGCGGUUGGCAUGGCCUUUGGUGAGCUUCAAGCCUGUGAGUCUACCCCGGGCUGGACCAUGCUCUCCCUCGAUUUCAAGAGUGCCUUCAACUACACCGACCGAGCACGGCUGCACGAGAUUGUGGCCGACAAGGUCCCUGGCCUCUUGCGCGCCUUUGAACGACACUAUGCUCGACCCACCACCCACUGCAUUGUCGACAAGCUCUUCAAGGUGAUUGACAUUGAUGUUGGCCAAGGCAUUGUGCAGGGCAACGAGCUAUCGCCCUUCUUCUUUGCCCUGUACUCCUGUGAGGUCCUCGGUCUCCUCGACGCCACCACUGACUACCGCUGCAAGAUCAUCAAAUACCUCGACGACAUUGUACUGAUGGGUCCCGCGGAGGACGUGGCGGCCGACGUGGAGAUUGUCAAGGCUCGUGCAGAGUCUGCUGGCCUCCAUCUGCAGCCCAGUAAGAGCCGCUUCUACAUGCCUCGCCACCAUUCGGCUUCCAUCACUGCUAUCGAGUCAGCCUUGCCAGAUGCCGUGCGCGAGACGGCCAACACGGGCAUGACGGUCUUGGGAACGCCGAUUGGCCGUCGCGAGUGGAUGAAGAAGCAGCUGAACGACAAGGCAAAGCACAUCUCUGGCAAGCUCAAUGACAUGCUGACGACCGGUGUCUCGCUUCAGGCCCUCCUCACGGCCAUGCAGUACGUGCCUAGCCUCAUCAACCACCUCUACACGCUGCCCCCAAGUCUGACGUCGGGCUUGUCCGAGCUCUUGAACCGUGCUUGCAAGGACACCUUUGUCAAAGCCUUUUUUGCCAAGGUAAACCUGUCUGCACCGGCUGGAGCUGAAGGUCAUGACGUUACGCUGGAACAGCUCCUUGAGGCUCGCCUCUUCACACGGGCCAACACCGGGGGCUUUGGCCUGCACGACUUGGUUGAGCGCGGUCCGGUGGCUUAUGUCUGCAACAUGGCCAAGCUGGCCACUCGCUACCCUCGGGUCUACGAUCGACUUUUGGAGGAUGCAUCGAGGGCUGACGACUUUGAGGCCCACGUGCAGCGAGCUGGCUUCCAGAUGGCCACGGUCAAGGACGCGGCGACCCAGCGACCAGCUGAGAUCAUUGCCCUCCGCUCCAAGGCGGCACUGGACGACCUGAUGGCCAAGUGUGCGCUGGACCUGCAGCAGGCAUAUCUGGCCUCACGCGAGUGGGGCGUCAGCACUGUCUUGACCAUGCGGGGUCGAGACAAGUUGCGUCGCUUGAGCGACACGACCUUUGCCAUUGCGGUCGUGUCCAUGAUGGUUUUGUACGAUUUUUGUUUCUAUGUGCGUGAUUCUUCGCGCUUGUACCUCUUGGCAUGA